AACCUGACUCAGUGCUUUAGAUCCGUACCGAAAACCAGCCAGACCACCAGCCGCGAAGACCAUCGCGAAAGUAGUAAAUUCGGAAAAAGUGCGUCAAGUCCCGAGGUGUUACGUGUCCGUGUACCGGUGUCCGCGUUGGUGUCUCGUUUUGUCCUGCACCCGGGGUGUGGGGGUAGCAGCGGAAGAUGGUUCCGCCGCCGGAGUAGAAAAUGUGAAAGUUUGACCGAUUUUUUUUUCGCAAUCCUUUUGAAGCAACCAGGUGGGGUGAAUAAGUGGUGUGAAGGGGGGUGGUGCUACUUCCCCGCGGGGAAGUGUCUAGUGAGGAAGUGUGUGAAGAGCAGUAUCACAACAACAGCAGCAAGGGAGAACAAGGCAAUCGAUUCUUCCGGAAGGUUUAAAACCUUUGUUUUUGUUUUUGGUCAAGGGGCGCUGCUGGAACAUCAGCAAAAAUGUCCGUGGUACGGACAAAGGUCCUCGGGCUGGUGGACGUGAUAAUGCGCGUUCCCAGCCUGUUCAUCAUCGACGAGAUCCUGAAGAUUAGCAUGGGAUUGCCCAACUCGUCGUCACCACCACCGACACAAUCCGCAGCCACUGCGGCCGUGACCAGUUCAGAAUCGCUGGUCAACCUGACCGUGAAUGCUUCUGUCAGUGUGGCCACCAACAUGCUGGAUGCUGCGGCGGCGGCAGCAGGUGGAAUCGGCAGCCCCGAGGACUCGCUCAAGGACGACAUCGAGUUCUACAAGUUCAUCUCGCUGACAACGCUCAAGUUUCUGCUGUGUCUGUUCGGUUGCAUCAGCGCGGCAUGCGUGUUCAUGCUCUGGACGCGUCACCUCGUCAUCGUGUACAUGUACAUCGUGUCGGUGGGGCUGAUCUUCCUGUCCUACUGGAGCAACGUGUCGGCGCUGUCCGUCAUCUCCGACGGCCCGAGCCUGCUCGAGGACAUCCUGUCGCUGAACAUGGAGCGGCUGCUCGACCCGGGAGGUGUCGCCCUUUCGAUUCUGCCCCAUCUGCUGGCCCAGUGGCUGAUGGGGGUCAUCUUUGCGUACAUCCACUUGGGACCAAAAUACAAAAUCAUCCAGAAAGCGCUGCCAUUCAGCUUCCUGAUGCCACUGUUCCUGGCGAUGCUGCCGCUGCCGACGGUGGUGCUGAAACAUUCCCCCGCGUUCGCAGCGAUUCUUCCGCUGGUCCUGUCCAAGAUUGCCCUGUGGAGUUCGUCCUUUGACGUGGUCAAGACGAUCCUCAACGGGUACCAGCACGCGCGCAACUUUGCCAGCAACUUUGGCAUUUCCGCCCUCAUCGAGAACGAGUGGCAGCGGCUGAACGUACCGUGCGUGCUGCGAGCCUUCUGGACGCUUCGACUGCUCGAGCAGCUCGUCAGCCUGCUGGUGGCGUCGGAUGUGCCGCUCCGGUUUGCCGCCACCAUCCAGAGUUUGCUGGUGAGCGGGUGCGAGACGCUGACCGCCGUUCUCGGCAUGACCAGCAUCAUUUCACUCAUCUGUCACUACAUCGGGAAGGCGUUCCAGCUGUUUCUGCUGUCGGAGGACUACGACGAGGACAAGUCGAUCGGCACCGUGUCGGCGAUCCUGUUCUACAUCCUGGCGCUGCAAACCGGGCUGACGUCGCUCACGCCGGACAAACGGUUCGUGCGGCUUUGCCGAAAUCUGUGUCUGCUUAUCACGGCCCUGCUGCACUUCCUGCACAACAUUGUUGCACCGAUCCUGAUGUCGCUCAGCGCCGCGCGGAAUCCGUCGAGGAAACGUCACGCCCGCGCCCUCAUGGUGUGCGCAUUCCUGCUGCUCACUCCGGUUGGUCUGCUGAGCAUCCUGUGGUCACGACACUCACCGUCAACCUGGUUACUGGCCGUGACGGCGUUUUCCGUGGAGGUCAUCGUUAAGGUCCUGGUCAGCCUAGCGACCUACACGCUAUUCCUGCUGGACGCCCGGCGGCAAACGUUCUGGGAGAAGCUGGACGACUACGUGUACUACAUCCGGGCGUUUGGCAAUUCGGUCGAGUUCUGUUUCGGCAUCUUUCUCUUCUUCAACGGCGCCUGGAUUCUCAUCUUCGAGUCAGCUACCAUUCCUGUAGGCGGUGCGAUCCGGGCGCUGAUGAUGUGCAUCCACGCGUACUUCAACAUCUGGUGUGAGGCGCGCGCCGGCUGGGGCGUGUUCAUGAAGCGCCGGACGGCGGUCCACAAGAUCAGCUCGCUGCCGGAGGCGACGCCGCAGCAGCUGCGCACGUUCGACGACGUGUGCGCCAUCUGCUAUCAGGAAAUGACGUCUGCGAAGAUCACCCGCUGCAAGCACUACUUCCAUGGCGUCUGCCUGCGGAAGUGGCUGUACGUGCAGGACCGGUGUCCGCUGUGCCACGAGAUCAUUAUGAACCAGGACACGCCGGCGGAAAAGGGCGCCGUUGAAGGCAGCGCAGCGGUGGCAGCCGAGGACGAAGCCAUUCUUCAGGCCAACGUUGCUGCUGUGGUCCCAGUGGGACAGGGAAUUCUCCAAAACUCCGCGGUGGCCGGUGCCGCCCCGGACGCUUCCUCCAGCUCAUCAGUCAACGCUAGUAGUAAUAGUAGUAACAGUAGUAUAAUGGCUGCUGCGGCCAGCAGCAGCACCAGCCGGAACCCACUUUCCGUCAGUGGCUUCCGAAUCCCGUCGACAGCCAGCGGUUCUUCGACUUCUUCGUCAUCGUCGUCGUCGUCGGCCUCGUCUUCGUCCAGUUCUUCAGCGACGACGACGAUGGCUGCGGCCCCGACGUCCGGUCCUGCGGGUCUGGGAAGUUCCGAAACGGCGGCCGCCACGGCCGCGGCCAUUUCGCAAAUCAUCCGGCAGCACCAGCACCAGCAGCUUCGGUCCUCCGUCGAUCGGGACUUUCUGGACGAACUGGAGUAGAGUACUCAAGGGACAAACUGACCGCCCGUCCGGGGGUGCACUAGAUUUAUGCUUCUAAACUGUUUUUAAAUCUAAACCUCGGCUAGCCUCCUGAAUCCGUCGUGUACAUUUGUCCCCGUUAGGUUUCUACAUAAUUGUUGUGUUAUUUUUAGCCAAAAUUUGCGUAAUUGUUAAACUCUUCUAAUUUCAUGUAGUAGAACAUUGUGUCCGGUUAGGUAAAAUAGCAUAACACUGGUAACAAAAAACGGUUCGGUGGACGGGUUCGGACAGAGUUGAGAGUGAGGAAAAAAGGCGGCGGGAAAUUAUAGGCUUAAAUGAAGACGAAAUUGGCCGCUAAAAUUGAUUGUAAUUAGCUGCCAGUGAUGGGGUAGUAGAGGGUGGAGAAAAUUGUAAACUCAUUUGUGGCUGUGUUUGUGUGACGAGAAAAGACGAAUAGCGCGAGCGUUGCGCAAUUGUCGUUUUGGUUUGAUUUUGUUCGUUUUCGGUUACGUGGUCAAUUGUGUUAUGUAAGAAUACAAAAUUGUCGCAAGCGAGAAAGAAUUUGUUGUGCGUUUUACUGGAAGAUUCGAUUACAAUUCAAAGCACAAAGCUGGUUGGAGAUUUUCUUGUUUCCAUCAAGGAAGAAGUAAGUUUUAUCCAUUCCCUUGUUUAUUUAGAAAAUUGCUUCGGUGUACCGUAGUGCAAUACAGUCCAGACUCGAUUAUUCAAAAGAGCCUAUAACAUCCAGUACUUUGUUCUAGAAAUCAGGAGGAAAUCCAGUUUUUUCGUGAAAAUUUAACACGUAGCCUUAUGUGUGGGACAAACUUGUUUAGCGUUUUUCUUAGCUAGCUGUUUUUGCAUAUGGGACAUUUAUGCGAACAUGGGCAGUAAACUACUCUAAAGUGAAUUUGAAUUUUUUAAUCCAAGAUGGCGGGGAUGAAAUAAAAAAAUGCAUUAUUUAAUUUAAUUGGCUAUCAACCAUUCAAAUUUGUCGCGUAACUAGAAUUUGAUUUCAAAAAUAAGUAAAUAAAAAAAUAUGAAAAAAAAUUUUGUGAUUCGAUUCUCCGAUUUCCGUGUUGUUUCUUUUUUAACAAUACUUUGUUGUACAAAACUGGUGGAUAUUCGGACUUUCCGCGAAAGGUUAGUAGGUUAUAGAACCGAACAAAGUUUUGCUUAUAAUAUCAGAGUUUUACAGUCGUUUACGCAAAAUAGGAGAAGGGUUAGUGCUACAAGGAUAACCAUGUUGACGAAGAACUUUAGGUACUUGAAUAACACGUCCCAAGAUGGGAAAGGAUGUUUCAUCUUCAGGAGUUUCAUUUCGUUGCGCGAAAUUUUGGAUUGCUACCUCGUAUAGAGUCCUAAGACGAAGUUCUUCUUCAAAAAUACGAAACAAUUAGCUUUACAAGCAAAGGUCUUGGCGGUCUCUAUUGCAAGAUUUCUACUCGUUUAUGUUUUUUGUAGUUUAAAGAAAAAUGAUCCAACGUGGUUUCUGCUAAUACGACGAGUGCUGUUGCAAAAUCAUGUUUUGCAACGAGUUGAGUACAACUAUGUUUUGUAAUUCCGGAAAACACCCUUUGAAUAGAUUUUUUUCAAUAAAACUUUAGUUUCUCUGCUUGAUUUUUUUUGCUGUCAAGUUAAUCGUUAAGGUUCAAAAGUAAAACUUUACGAUACAAGCGCAGAAAAGUUGAUCUUUGCAUCUAUUAAGUGGAUGCUGAAAGGGAUGCUGAGGGAAACUAUUUUGAUCUAUGCGCCGGUAUUUGUAGCACUAAAAUUCGUGCAAAAAAAACUUAUGCACGUUGGUGUACAGAUUACGGGGUAAAAGAUGAUCGAAUUGUUCACCUAGCGCUCACAUGUGUUUCGGGACCAAGUUGCCUUCGGGUAUGGGGAUCAUACAUAUAGAAAAGUAGGCUGAUUCGUCGCUUGAAAAUUUCAGGAAAAGGAAUUGCAAAAACAAAUAUUUUAUCACUCAAAUGAGUUCUAUAACGAACUUUUCAGCACUGUUACUUUUGGUGAUAAUAAGUAGGCUUUUUCGUCACUAUUGAAUGACAGGAUAGGUAGAUAUUUUCAAAACGGAAUUUCAAAAAUAUUACCAUAGCCUGCUUCCACUCGUUUCACGCUUUCAAAAAAAACCUACCAUUUGUUUUUUUUAACUUAUUUUUAUUAGGUCCUCUUUGGUGCUACGACCAGGUUGGGACCGAGGAUCGAUCUAUCAAUAACAUCAAAUACAACUCCUUACAUCCCAUACUUGGAGAUCAUGUAACUGACGAGGGUUACUUGGUCCAAGCGGGUCUUGCAGGUCUUGAACCUGCCGAUGUACUCGGAGAAAAUGCCCCACAGCUCAGCCGAACUGUAGAGCACCUCCCCGGCUUCCUCCUCCGUGACUCCACCGUCUCGGGAGCCACCUUGACUGCUUCCUGCGGGUUGAGGGCGAUCCUUCGAUUUUCCGUCCGGAACUGCGCUCGGCAGCGGAGGGAACUCCGCCGGCGAGAACACCGGAACUGCUGGACUCUGCUUCUCCGCCUUCCUUACCGGCGGGUUCGGUUUCGACGCCUGCUGGCGCCUCCGGAUGAAGUCCGCACGCUUGGAACAGCUGCGGUUCGUGGCUUCGUGUGCACCAGAGCAGUUGGCACACCGCACCUACCAUUUGUUCGAGGUUCAGAAUUUUAUGAACGCUUGUUCACGAUUUUGGGAACUGAUAUUUCUCCGUGUGGGUUUUUAUCUUAAAUAUCCUAUUUAACAAAAACAUAUGGGUCAUUCUCCACCAACUUACACAGCAGUUGCCCCGACCCCUCUUCGAUUUGUGUGAUACUUUGCUCUAAGAGGCAAUUUUGGUCCCUGAUCACGUAUCCGAGGUCAAUUUGUGAUACCUCGUGACGGUUGGGCGGUACGACCCUUUUCAUUUUUCUUGAUUUUUACUAAAACACGUUUUUCAGUAAUUUGUAGCUCGAAACCGUGAAGAGAUAGAAAUUUGGUGUCAGAGGGACUUUUGUGUAAAAUUGGACGCCCGAUUUGAUGGCGUACUCAAAUGCCGAUUUAUGGAAGUUUGGGAAAUGUUUUUGCUAUCCGAAAUUGCAACUCACAGGAAACAAGAAUUCCAAACUUCGGAUUUUGACGAUAGACAUUUUGAAACUUAUUAACAAAUAGAAUAAAAAAUGUCUCUCAAAAUUAAUUCAAUAGCUUCUUUUUGAAAAUUCUAACGACGUCGUUCCAUUUCCACUCUAAAUUUAUUCGAACCUGUUUUACCACGAACCACCCAAAAAUCAAUCGUUCAGGAUUAAAAAAAAGUAUCCGAACGAGUACGACGCCGCAAGUGAUACUUACUCACACAUACAAACGCAUACACUACACAAACACACACAUCUGUCUAUUUAUGUGCUUUCUUUAUUUUUAUUUAAAUCUUUUUUAUUUAGACUUCAUUGUGGGUGGGCUAGCGCAAAGUGGUAAAGAGUAAUGUAAACAAACAUUUACAUAAAUAAAGAUAAAAUACUGUUUUUUUUUUAUCAAAACGCGAAAGCGUGUAAAAGUUGUGCAAAUCAUCGAGGAAAUAGUCAAAGAAGCGUGAUUUGCGCCAUUUUUGCGCUUUUUUUCACAUGAGUUGCAAUCUGAUAGAGAAGAGAAGGUAAGCUGGAGUGAAACGUAAGGGAAAAUCAUCAAACGUGUAAAUAUAUAUGAACAGACAAAGCUAUCAGUAAAUGGUUAGAGAAAA